AUGACAACCAUCCCCAGACCUGACGGCGAAACCGUCCACAAUCUCCUGAAAACCCGCGUAGCGAUCGUCACUGGCGCAGCUCGCGGCAUUGGCUUUGCAACUGCAUCUCUUCUCGCACAUCAUGGGGCUCGUGUAGUCCUGGUAGACUUGCACGCGGAUGCCCUGAAGACGGCGUGUGCAACGAUCGGCCACGGCGCGACGUACCAAGCUUGCGACGUGAGCGAUUGGAAUCAGCAAAUAGCCCUUUUCAACCAUGUCACAAAUACUCUUGGUGAAGUCUAUUUGCUGGUGUGCAAUGCGGCUAUCAACCCUGAGAUUGCGCUAUUGCAGACAUCCGAUACGGAAAAACGGGCGCAGAUGGCUUCGCAGGUUCGGUAUAAUUAUCUCGCCGAUGAGGUGGACGGUCAGGACGAUAGUGAACAACCUUCACUGCAACGCCCGUCGACACAACUUUUCGAUGUCAAUGUUAAUUCCGUGGUCUUUGGCCUGAAACUGGGGAUUCAGUACAUGAGAAAGGCCGGUGGAGGGCGAAUCGUCGUUGUCGGAUCUGCAGGAUCAUACGUUCCUAUCGCAUCGCAGCCACUCUAUAGCGCUACCAAGCAUGCCGUUCUCGGACUUGCCCGUAGUACGGCGCAUAUUGGCGAGGUCAUUGAGGCGGGCGUGUCUAUCUCGUGGAUUGCUCCGUGGUUAACAUUGACCCCCAUGACUGAGGGUCUCCAGGAGACGACUCAUCCCGACACUCUGAAAAGCUCGCCGGAAGACGCAGCUUGGGCGAUUAUCGUGGCUGCUACUGCGGAGAAUGGGAAUGGAAAGGGAUACUGGAUUCAGGGACGGAUGAUUAGUGAAGUCGAGGGUGCGUAUGGGCAGUUGGCGGGGCAGUUGAUGGUUCCGGAGAAUCGAUUUUAGUGGGGAACUGCAUGCUGUGAGGGGCAAGGGAGAUGAAUUGGCAAUGGAACUACAUAUUCCACUAAGUUUUAUUUUCUCUUGUUUCUUCUUUGUUCAAUUCAUGAAUACUCGCCAUUCAUUGAAGAGCCAAUUUGACGGACCAAUAACCGAGUUGGAGGCUGAAUGCAAGGCUCGAAUAAUUCGGUCUCGAAGGGGUCCAAGUAAACAAUCUAGGCCUAGAGUCACCAUAGGAUACUGUAUGAAGGGCAAUAUAUCCGUAAGGAAUAUGAGGCACUCUUC